CCACACAUAGAGAGAGAGAGAGAGAGAGAGAGAGAGAGAGAGAGAGAGAGAGAGAGAGAGAGAGAGAGAGAGAUUGGUUCGUGUACGAAGCUUUUCUGUACGCGACUCAGAGACCAAUUAUUUUUCCCCUGUUUUCUUUCUUCUUGGUAAUUGAUUUCAGGUACCCAUCUGGUACUCCUCCGCUCUUUUUUUCUGCUUUCUUCUGAUUCUUUUCCCGGAUCUCGAUCUUUCUUGAUUUCUUUGGUAGCGGAGAAAAGGGGGGAAUGGCUGUUUUAGUUGUAUUCAAUGAAAAGAGUGUCAAGAACUGGAGAAUUAUGCUAUGUACAAGGUUGGGGAGAACACAGAGUCGGUUAACAACUGCCUGAAGAUUUCAGAGGACAACAGGGAAGAUGCUAGAAGGACCCUUGAGAAGUUGCAUCAUCAGGGUGAGCAAAUCACUAGGACCCACAUGAUGAAUGCCGAUAUUGAAAAGGAUUUGAGUCAGGAAGAACUCAAAUUGGACAUCUACAAGCUCAAGAAAUACAAAGGAGGAACUGAAAUUGGACAUCUACAAGUUCUACAAGCAAUCAAAGACGAUAAUGACAAGGAACAUAUUUUUUGGCCUUUGUGGUAUAAUUUUGCUAAAGUGGUCGAAUUUGACAUUCUGAUGGCUUCUUCAAUAAGGUAUAAUUUAUUUAUAGCAAUGUUAUUUUUGAAAUUAUGUUAUUUUUUAUCUACUAGGAAAUAUUUAUAUUUAUGUUAUUAAUCUAAAAAUUCCCAUCUUCUCCCAUUCUCAGCCGCUAUCGUCGUCGUCGACAUCAUCUUCUUCUUCUACUCCUUCCUCUACUCCUCCUCCUCCUCCUUCUUUAACUCCUACGCCUUUCUCUUCAUCUCUUUCUCAUCCUUCCUACACUUCUCCUCUAACUCCUCUCCUACUCAUACUCCUGCUCCAACUACAUACUCUCAUUUCUUCACAUUUGCAUUCUCCUAUUAAUUUUCCUUUGGUUUUCAAUGGAUGUGGGCAUGGGUCCAUGUGCAAGGGUGUGUGUUCAUGUGCAUGUGAGUGGGUGUGUGAGUGUGCUUGCUUAUUAACGUGUGCGCUUGUGUAUAGUAUUCGAUUGAAAUUGUAUAUAGGAGGAACUCAGCUUUGACAUCUACAAGUUCUACAACCAUGCAAAGGUAUUGUGCCUUACUUUUUUUACCAGUCUUUUCUCAUUUUCUCAUUCUAGUUUUCUUUAUUUGUGAUCUUUAUUUGGUUCAAACUUUAUCUUAGAGGAACUCCAAAUAGGUGUUUUUUUUUAAUACAACUAAUACUCUACAAGGCAUAUUUGCUUUUUAUAUUUGUUUUUCUCCAUCAUAGAGAAUAAUGACAAGGAACAUAUUUUUUGGCCUUUACUCCAUCAUAUAAGAAGGUGCAUGAAUUUUGCUAAAGUAGUUGCAUCCAACAUUCUAAUGGCUUCUUCAAUAAGGUAUAUUUUAUUUAUCAAUGUUAUUUUUUAAAUUAUGUUCUUUUUUGGUAUAAUGUAGUCUGCUUCAAUAAUUUUUCAUUUAAUAGGAAAUAUUUUUAUAUUUAUGUUAUUAAUCUAAAAAUUCUAAUUUUUGCUUCAUUUUUCUUAACUUGUCACAUUCUCCUCCGCCAUCACCAUCAUCUUCUUCUUCUACUCCUUCCUCUACUUAUACUCUUUCCAUUCCUCCUCCUCUUCAUCCAAGGACAUCCUCCUCCACCUCGUCCUCGUCCUCCUCCUCCUACUCAACCUCUAACUUCUAUGUCUUCUCUUCAUCUUCUUCUCCUCCUUCCUCUACUCUUCAUCCUCCUCCUUUGGCUCCUUUCCUACUCCAACUCCCUACUCUCGUUUCUUCGCAUUCCCAUUCUCCUUUUCAUUUUGCUUUGGUUUUGGGUGGGUGUGGGUGUGAGAGCAUGUGUAGGGGUGUGUGUUCAUGUGCGUGUGAGUAGGUGGGUGAGUGUGCAUGCUUAUUCAAGUAUACAUGUGGGUUGUGUGCUUUGGGUGUGGCAUUCAAUUGAAAUUGUGUGUAGGAGGAACUCAACUUGGACAUCUACAAGUUCUACAACUAUGCAAAGGUAUUGUGCCUUACUUUUUACCAAUCUUUUCUCAUUUUCUCUUUCUAUUUAUCUUUAUUUGUGAUAUUUAUUGGAUUGAAACUUUAUCUUGGAGGAACUCCAAUUAGGUGUUUUUUUAAAUGCAAGUAAUACUUUAGAAGGAAAUUUCUUCUUCUUCUUUUUUUGUUUUUCUCCAGUACAGAAAAUAAUGACAAGGAACAUAUUUUUUGCCUUUGUUCCAUCAUAUAAAAAGGGUGCAUGAAUUUUGCAAGAGUAGCCACGUCCAACAUUCUGAUGACUUCUUCAAUAAGGUAUAAUUUAUUUAUGAAUGUUAUUUUUGAAAGUAUGUUCUUUUUUGGUGUAACGAAAUCUGCUUCAAUAAUUUUUCAUUUACUAGGAGAUAUUUAUAUUUAUGUUAUUAAUCUAAAAGUUCUAAUUUUUUCUUCGUUUUUCUCAACUUCUCUCAUUCUCUGCCACCAUCGUCUUCUUCUU